AUGUCCAAAGCUGCUUCCGUCACCACCCUCGACGCCUCCGAGCCCAUCGAGCGCAUCUUUGAAGUCAUGGCCCGCGACGGUGCCGUCAUCAUCGCCAACUUUCUCCCCAAAGAGCUCCUCGACGAAUACCUCACCGGCAUCGAGCCCUACUUUGAGGGCCGUGACAUCUACGUCUCCGACUCUGCUGCCGAGGAGCUUGGUGCCGACUUCUUCCCCAACAUGUCCAAGCGUGUCUAUGGUCUUCUCGGCAAGGUUCCCAAAGCUAUCAGCGGUACUAUGAAGCUUCCUCUCUGGCAGGCCAUCAUGGACAAGUUCCUCAGCGACGAGUUCUCUUCCUACACUGGCCACAACCUCCUUCCCCAAAAAUCCAGCUACAUGCUCGGUUCCACCGCUGCUAUGCGACUCGUCCCAGGCGCCAACGCCCAGCCCCUGCACCGAGACCAGAUGCCCUACCUCGUCCGCCAAGACCCCUCCAACCCCUUCUUCACCCCCUUGCUCGGCUGCCUCAUCGCCGGCUCAAAAUGCACCGCCAAGAACGGCGCCACCAUGUGCAUCGCCGGCUCCCACCUCUGGCCCGCAGACCGCGCGCCCAAUGUCGAGGAAGCCGCGCCCGCCGAGAUGGAGCCUGGAUCCGCGCUCUUCACCUUCGGUAGCACUUACCACGGUGGGGGUAAGAACCAGUGCGAGCAGUCCGACCCGGAUGCGCUCAGGACCGUCUUUGCUUGUUUCGGUCAGAGGGACUAUUUCCGACAGGACCAGGAAGAGAUUCUGUCGACUCCUUUGGAGGUUGUAAAGACUUUCGACGAGAAGACUCUUCGAUUGGCUGGCUUCUUCAAGUCCAAGGGCGGUGUCGGAUACGUCGAGAACCACGAAGACCCCAUCCAGUACCUCGGUACCGACCACCUUCUCGGUCAAUACACCACCCUCGCCGGCUCCACCAUGGCUUAA